CCAAGAUGGCUGCCGAGAAGUGUGCGAAGAUUGUGCAGAGACUCUCAAAUACGUCGGGCGAAGAGUUAAUGAUAACUUUACAAGAUCUUAGUGCCCUUCUUAACAGCUCAUCUUUUGGUACUCGUGAGAUAGCGCCUCAUAUCCCAGCUCGUUCGUUGUUUGGCUGUUUCAGUACAACCAACGAAGAGCAAAUUUCACUGUGCAAAGGGAUAUUGAACAAAUUGCUAUCUGUAGAGAAGGCAGACGCAAUUAUAACUCAGUACCACGAUUUCGUCAUCGAAGGUUUGAAUCAUCCACAGUUUGAGGUCCGCGAGUUUUGCUUGGGUGAGCUGGAAAGAUGCUCUGCAACUGUUAACGGCCUUCUCGCUAUUUUGGACAAUGUGGAUAUCCUGGUUUACACCACUCGUGCGCUGAGCAACGAGAGCCUUGCUUGCGUCAAGUUGGCCUCAAAUACGCUUAUCAACACUGCAAAACAUGAAUCCGGCCUGGAGAUUUUGUUUGAACAUCAGAUUCAGAGUGAAAUCGAGGAGCUUCUAACGAAAAAAGAUGUUAUCCGGUUCAGAGUGUAUGAGCUUUUUGUGGCUAUCCAACGUCUCUCCGAAAAAGCGUUUGAAUUAUGCAGAAAAUCAGGUGUUUUGGAGAAAUUGGCAAAAGAGCUCGAUGGAGAUGAUAUUUUGCUCAGGUUGAACAGCAUUGAGCUUUUGACGCAACUUGCAGAUUCAGGAACAAAUGGGCUCAUGUUUGUUGAAGAAAGUGGCAUAGCAAAUAAGCUGAACAAUUUAUUGAUUACUGCUGAAGUAGAUCCACUGAUCUCUCUGAUGUUACCAAGUAUUAUCAGAUUCUUUGGUUAUCUGGCUCAGUCCAGACCAGCAGAAGUGAUUCAGCAGUAUCCAGCCUUUUUGGAAAAUGUCAUCUCCUUCCUAACAGCUGCAGAUCCAUCUCUUAAACUGAUUGCCAUAGAAACAGUUGGUGCUGUGUCACAUUCAGAAGCAGGUCUGCAAGUAGUAUUUGAUGACAAGAGCCGCAUUCAUGAGAUCAUGAAAGUCUUGUGCACAAACAUCACUUCCUCCCAAGCUGAUGUGAAGGCUCGUUCCUUGGAAACUCUGGCCUUGAUUUUUCACACCACUCAAGUUCCUUCUGAGGAUUUGUCAGUUUUGACAAGAUUGCUCUUUAUUGCUAUGACAUCUAAUCCACUUCAGGAACUGAUGGAAAUUUCCAAACAACCUUUUCAAGAUGUUCACUAUGCUGUGUUGAAAGUGUUUAGAAGUCUUGCCAAAUACCGAUGGGCACAAGAAAACAUGACCACUUGCCCAGGUUUCCUUGAAUACCUUUUAGACAGGAAGACAGAAACAGACAAGACUGGCAAGGAACUUAAGUAUGAGUUUAUAGCAGAAAAAAUUGAGAUCGAAAAACAUAAAAGAAUCUUUGGUUGA